CAUCAUUUCAGCAUUUGUAUCUACCCGUACUUUCAUUGCUUGAUGUUUGUCUUCUCUUACUCUGAACUGUUGAACGAAUUGUCGCUCGACAGUGGUUUUGCAAUAUUGCAGGUAUUUUAAGUCAAAACUUGAGUAUCGCAACGGUCUGCAUGGAGCACCAUCAGCAUGGACAGCCCAUUGAACCCGAUUCGCAGUCCGAUGAGGGCUAUGACACCGCCACCAUCGAGUCUGAUAUGACUUCCCUCAAAUCAUCCGUUAUGAACUACGAGUAUGAAAAUGGCCGACGAUAUCAUGGCUACCAGGCCGGAAAAUAUAUGCUGCCCAACGAUGACAAAGAGCAAGAACGGCUAGAUGUUCUUCACCAUGUGUUCCGUUUAACACUAGGUGGUGGCUUGUGCCUAAGCCAACCCGAUCUCAAAGAUCCGCAAAAGAUUUUGGACAUUGGGACUGGCACGGGCAUCUGGGCCAUUGACAUGGGUGAUGAAUAUCCUUCUGCAGAGAUCAUAGGCACAGACCUCUCGCCGAUUCAAUCAACUUGGGUGCCGCCCAACGUCCGCUUCGAGAUAGAUGAUGCCACCCAAGAAUGGGCCUUUCCACACGACUCAUUCGAUUUCAUUCACGUUCGUGGCCUGGCUGGCAGUAUCAAAGACUGGCCAGAGCUCUUGCGUCAGGCAUACAUGCACUUGAAACCAGGUGGACUUAUAGAGGUAUCUGAAGGACGGCCCCAUAUGUGCUGUGAUGAUGGAACGUAUUCCGAAGACAGCGCAACUUACAAAUGGGUAGCCGAAUUCUACAGAAUCUCCCGAGGUGCCGGCCUCGAGUUCGAUGCUUUCCCUCAAUAUGCCGGAUUUUUGAAAGAUGCUGGUUUCAUUAAUGUCAAGACUCAUGAGGCGCCGACUCCCGUCGGAACGUGGCCGAAGGACAAGCGGUUGAAAGAGAUCGGGAUGUUCUUCGAGCAUCAGUUUCUGGAAGGGGCCGUUGAUGGAUACUCCCUGGCAUUGUUCACUCGUCUCGGAGGCUGGAGUGAGCUAGAAACACAGGUGUUGCUAGCACAAGUGCGUUCCGAGACGAAAAGUAGGAAGAUGCAUUUGUAUACGCAUUGUUCAUACGCCACAGCACAAAAACCGCUGACUUCUUGAUAUUGCUGAGCGAUUGAUGAUGAGGUCAAGAAUUACGAAAAGGGCACUGAAAGGAAUAUUAUGGAUGGCAUAGCGUGGGUUUAAGAGCACAUAAGUGAUGGUCUAUUCGUUAUUUGCACAUGAAAAGCUGGAAAUGGGUGGAAAUGAAUACAAGUUUUGAUUUGAAUCACUUGGUUACGCCGGACGUCCUCAUAAAUCGUUUCUUGCUCCAUUAUUUACUCUGUAUUGCUGAUUGUUUGGCGGUAGCUGUGAUGAUGUGGCAGCGGAGGAGGAUUAUUGGGCAUAAACAGGGGCUGAC